CGACCCGCCCUCGCUGUGGCGGCGGCGGGGCGGGCGAGUCGGGCUCCCGGUGCCGAGGCGCCGAGCCCUCGGUUUCCUCCCGCUGCCGCCGCGCUGGAGGCUGCGGGCUAUAAAUAGCGGGCUGCCGGCCGCCGGCCGCCACACGCACGCAGGCAGCGGCGGAAAGUGCCCCGCCGGGCGGCCCCCCCCUGCCGCCCGCCGCCAGCCAGUUGGUCUUCAUAUCUGCUGCUUAGAUUUUGCUCUUCUUCAACAAACUAACUAGCACCGUUAUUGUCCUCCAUCAUUUGCUGUCUUCAUCUUCUUCCCUGGCAACUCAAUGAGGUUCAAUGCUAAAGAUCUGGCUUUGCUGGCCAAGCGACCAUCAGGUUGUUUUGACAAGGAAGGAAAACUGAAGAUCUGCAGAGUGGUCGGGGAUGAAAAAUUAAUAGAACCGAGAGAGAGAUGGUGCCGACUGAAAGGAAAUCUGCUCUUUCUAAUGAAAAAUAAGAAGAACUUCUACAACAGAAUAGCAGCCUGUGCUGUAACAGUGAUUCUACUGAAUGCGCAGAUGAGUUCUGAAGCCUCCGAAGUGGUAAUCCUGGAGCGGUGCUGGGUUGUGGAGUUCAGAAGUAAAACAGAUGUUUCAAUAAUUCUCAAGUUUCAGAGUGGAGAACCAGAUCUUUACCUUGAAGCUGCAUCUAAGCCAGACUGUGAAGCUUGGGCUGUGGCACUGGGAGAGGCAAACUCGGAAGGUUUGAGGAAUAAAAUUCAGCAGCUCCAGAGACUGAUCAUGGAAAUCAAAGAGGAGAGAGCAGCAGAUGAAGCCCGUCAGUUUCUCCCUUCGUCACAAGUAGACAGUUUAAGAGAGCCACAGUUUACGAGUAUUCAGAGGAUUGCAAAUGAGCCGAAGUUGGAGUUCAGCCUUGCAUGCAAGGGUCUAGUGGCUGCUACCCGUGAUCGGAAGCUGAAUACGUUUAUACAAGUCUCAGUGGUACAUCCAGCAGAGCACAUUUUGACGAGGUAUUCAAGCACUGAAAUCGUGGAGGGAACAAGAGAUCCACUGUUUUUGACUGGUGUGACAUUCCCACCGGAGUACCCCAUCUAUGAGGAGACUAAAAUAAAACUAACAGUCUAUGAUGUCAAAGAUAAAUCUCAAGGCACGGUCCGCACCAGCGUCCUACCUGAUCACAAGGAGCCAAGAGCAGAUGUUGGACGAAGCUUCCUGGGCUAUACAACUUUUAGAGUAGGAGACUUGGUGAAGUCAAAGGAGCAACAGCUGACCCUUACCCUCAGAACUUCUGAUGGUGGGAAAACAGUUGGUACCAUUGAAGUCAACCUUGUGAAGAUGGGAGAGUUCGAAGAUGGGGAAAUGGACCACAUCACAACAGAUGCACAGGAUCAAAAGUGUGCAUUGGUUCAUGAGUGUACAGCCCCUGAAGGCCUAAGUGGCAAAGACAACUUGCCUUCUUUAAAUGCAGUGUUAAAAAAUCCAAUCUGUAAGUUAUAUAGAUUCCCUACUUCUGACAACAAGUGGAUGAGGAUCCGGGAACAGAUGGCUGAGACCACUCUCUCUUUCCAUGUUCCUAAAGAACUGAUCAAUCUGCACAUAAAGGAGGAUAUGAGAAGGAAUCAGGAACUUAAAGACUUAGGAGAACUUGCUCCUCACUGGGACAAUAUGCGUAAAAGUGUUAUUGCACACUGUGAUCAGAUGUUGAGCAUGUAUCAGGAUACUCUUGCAGAGCUUGGGAAGCAUACAGGUUCUUCCUUCAAAUCAAGCUGUAGCAAAGGAGAAAAAACAUUGGAAUUCAUCCCAAUAAAUCUCCAUUUGCAAAGAAUGCACGUGCAUAGUCCUCGAUUGAAAGAUGCUUUGUAUGAUGUAAUCACCGUGGGAGCCCCAGCAGCACAUUUCCAGGGGUUUAAGAAUGGUGGUCUCCGAAAGCUGCUGAGUAAAUUUGAGGCAGAAAGGCGAAAUACUGGAUACCAGUGUAUUUACUAUUCACCUGAAAACACAGCCAAGGCAAAAGAAGUUCUCAGCAACAUCAAUCAUCUACAACCUCUCAUAUCAAGCCAUGCAGACCUGCUGCUUAAUUCUGCAAGCCAGCAUUCUCCGGACAGCUUGAAGAACUCUUUAAAGAUGCUUUCAGAAAAAACAGAGUUAUUUGUGCACGCAUUUAAGGAUCAGCUGGUCAGAAGUGCCCUUUUAGCACUAUACACAGCCCGGCCCGGCUGCGUCCUCAAGAAACCAGCUGUGCCUAGAAACAGUGCAGAAGAGGGUGGUGACCUAAAGCAUCAGGAUCAUCCUUCUCAGAUUAAAAGACAGGACUCUAUACCCCAUCAUUCAGAGUAUGACGAGGAAGAGUGGGACAGGGUGUGGGCCAACGUUGGGAAGAGUUUAAACUGUGUUAUUGCCAUGGUGGACAGACUGCUUGAAAAAGACAACAGCAGCAAAAUUAAAGAAGGUGAAAGCGACCCCUCUGCAGCAGAUUGCAAGGUGUUGCAUGCAGGUGGUGACUGGUAUGAACAACUUUAUCCCCUGGUGAUUACGCUGAAGGACUGCAUGGGAGAGGUGGUGACCAGAGCGAAGCAGUCAAUGGCAUUUGUCCUGCUUCAGGAGCUUGCCUGCGGUUUGCCACAAUGUUUGAUGCUGACCCUGAGGAGAGACAUUGUCUUUAGUCAAGCACUCGCUGGAUUGGUCUGUGGGUUUAUAAUCAAAUUGCACACGAGUUUACAUGAUCAAGGAUUUUUACAACAGCUUCAUACUGUUGGGUUACUUGUGCAAUAUGAAGGACUCCUUAGCACAUAUAGUGAAGAAGCGGGGAUGCUAGAAGACAUGGCUGUGGGAAUUUCAGAUUUGCAGAAAGUAAUGUUUAAAGUCAUUGAAGCCAAAUCCGAAGAUUUUUUGCCUAUUAUAACUGGAAGGCGUGAACAUUAUGUUAUAGAGGUCCAGCUUCCAGCAAAGAUGUUUGAGCUGCUGCCACAAGAGAUUAAAGAAGGAAAGCUACUUCGCAUGUAUCCAGUACUCUUUAAUGUUGGAAUCAAUGAACAGCAAACACUUGCAGAAAGGUUUGGAGAUACCACUUUGCAAGAAAACAUUAACCAGGAAAACCUAGAACUUCUAAAAGAAUAUUACAACCUGUUUACAGAAAAAAUGCCUCCUGAUUGCCUCCCGCAUUUUCAAGAACAAAAUGAUUUAAAGGGAUUACUAGAAAAUCUUCAUCAAAAUAUCCAGGCCAAGAGGAGAAAGAAUGUAGAAAUCAUGUGGCUGGCUGCGACGAUUUGCCGCAAGCUGAAUGGUGUCCGUUUCACCUGUUGCAAAAGUGCCAAAGACCGGACAUCCAUGUCAGUGACACUGGAGCAGUGCUCCAUCUUGAGGGACGAGCAUCAGCUUCACAAAGAUUUCUUUAUUCGGGCGCUGGAUUGCAUGAGAAGAAGACAGCAGAGACAAAACAGAUGGACCAGAGUUCACUGCAGUAUCUGUCACACAAUUCUACUUUUCUUCCUUAGAGCUGGCCACUGCUUAAGGAGCCUUGGACCCUGAGAAGGAUGCCGCAUAGAGAAUGUACUGAAGAAUGUCAAAUGCAGAAAGUAUGCAUUCAACAUGAUACAGCUGAUGGCUUUCCCAAAGUACUACAGACCUCCAGAAGGGACAUAUGGAAAAGCUGACACCUAAGUUUAACAAAUAUGUAAUCAGGAACAUACAUGAUGCUCAUUAGUGAAUAUAAAAAAUUGCUGUUUAUGACUUAUUACUUGGGAAUGUGUAACCAGUUGAGGUGUUAUUUUUAUCAGGUUUAACAUUUUACAUGAAAAUAACUAGAGUUAGUCAUCAUGAAAUAAAAUAUGAAAUAUUAGUGGACUGAAUAUUCUCAAAACCUAAUAUAUUCAACUUUUCCUUCUGAAGUUGAAGCUUAGUAUGAUUCAUCAACCAGCUGGAAUUAGGUUGUUGGAUAGUUUGACAGCAGAUUGAAAAGGGAAAUGCCAUUUGCAUUAUGAACUGAUGUUAUCAGUCUGGAGGGUGGCAUUCUGUCUCUGAACCAAAACCCGAGAUUUGAGUUAAGGGGUCUCUUCCUGCCAGAAAUAGUGUUUUUUGGAACCAGUGCAGCACUGAGGUCUUGAUCAUUAAUAAUUAAAUCCUCCUAGAAUUGUUUAUGAAAGAUGCAAAUAUUAAUACCUGGCCUAAAUAUAAUUUUAGUCAUUACGUUUAGGUUCCUUACGUAAGUAUGGUAACUUCACAAUAUAUUUUCAGUAAUUACAGACUGUAAUUUUGGUAAUUCUGUUCUCAUUCCCUGCAGUUCAUUUGAAUGUAUCAUUCUCGGCUUUCUGCACCUGAGCCAAAUACCACUUAUUUCACUUUUUCUUGCACAUAAAUCACGUUGAAAUCAGGGGGAAUAAUUCUUCACGUAAGGUGACCUGAAUAUGACCUAUCAUGUUCCUGCUUACAGUAAACUCUUAAAACUGUAUUUUCUGUAGUGGUAGGUAAAAUGAUUUGUAUAUAUAGGAGUUCAUGUAUCUCUAGGCUAUAAAAAACAUGCAUGUUUUUAUGUAGCCUGAGAUAAAUGUUAUAAUUAGAGUAACCUACUGUAUUAGGACUAGUUAGCUACCACUGAUUUAUAUAAAAUUUGUAAUGCUGUGUGUAGACACUCCAGGAUAAAGAACAACUAUCAGCUUUAAAAAAGAAUGUUAAUGCUUCUGCUAGCUUGUGUUAGUCCUGAAAUUUGUCUUGCAAAGAACGUUUGUGUUUUCUAAUUGUAUCUAUUUAUUGCUGCCUUUUGCCCCCCAGAGAGAAAUACAGUUAACAAAAAAACAAGUUUUCACUGGUUACUGACCUUUAUGUAAUGCAUUCGUUUUGAGAAAAAAAUAUCUAAAGCAGAAAUAUGAGAAUUUUACCCAAAUGAAACUGCAUUGGGAACUUGGAUAUCUGUAGGAAAUUGUAGUUGCUAUGGAUAAAGAGGUUAAUGUUUAUUUGCUCCUACAGAAGACAAAGAAACCUUGAUGCACAGUGAAAUAUAAUUUGUUCUUUUUAAUCUAUUAAUACCCAUUAUUGGGUAUAAAUCUGUAACUGUACUAGUAAAAAUGCUUACUUAAGCACCUGAUCUUGCAAACUCUAAUUGGGUGGUUACUUAGAAAUGAUCUUUCAUGUGAAUAGAAUUAAACCCAUCUUAUAUAUUUUUAAGAUAAAAACCCGUCUUUAUGUACUUUUAAGAUAAGGCUUUGGGGCAUGUAGGAGAACCUCAGGAAGAGAUCCUCAUUUCAAUAGUCAUUGAUUUUAGCGAAGACAGGAAUUCAACUAUACCGGCAUACUUAACUAAUUGGAAUACUUUUCCAAAGUGAAGUAGGUCAUUUAAACAGUGGUUUGUUGCAUUUGUUUAUUUGUAUUGUAUGUCUCCAUUUUUAUAACGUUCUGUCAUGGUUGACUUUGUUCUUUCAAAAUGUAUUACUUCAGCAGUAGAUGUCAGAAGAGUUGGCAUUGCAUCAUAGAUAUUCUCAGGCAGAUGAAAAUAUAAUGCGUUGAUUUUUCCGGUCAUGUAUCAGUAGAAGUAGUAACUACUCAGUGGGUGGAUGGAUGUGUGCAUAAAUCUGUGUGUGUUUCAAUGUUACACAGCUUAUCUGUAUGAAAUUUUAUUUGCAGGUUUAUGGAACAUAAGUCUUCCUAGGAACGUAAUGUUCUGUUCUGUCAGUCUGAUUGCUGCACUAGCCCUCACUUUCCUUUCUGCCAUGUUUAUUAUUAUUAUUAACUUAGGGAAACUUUACAUGUACAGUUUAGAAAUAGUGGUAAAUUCCUUACACACCUCUGAAAUAAUCCCAAAGAUAUAUAAUCGAGAAUGCUGGCCUUUCUUACAGUAAUUCCAAAAUAAUCUGUAAAGUUCUAUGUGGGAACAGUAUUCACUGGUGGGUACUAUAGGUUCUUAUAGUUCUUUAUCUCAGCCCCAUGGGCGUUCUGUCAAGUUCAAAAAUAUGAAGUUCUAUAGAUUUCCUUUUACUAGGAAAACAGUCUUUCAAGAUUUAACCUUAGCCUUUAAACCACACUAGGGUUAUAAAUUGCCAUUGUGACUCUCGUGUUACCUUUAUAUUUAAAAUGUUUUCAGUAGUAGAGCCACAUUU